UAAAUAUACAACAAAGUAUCCAUGAAGUUUAUAUUCAAUUCUGAUACAUUUUUAUAAUAUAAAUUGUUUUGAUGUUCAAGUAAAUAAUUUGUUUUUUAUUAUUAUUAUUAGAAUGUAUGCCAUAACUCGAUAUCUUAAAAGUCCCUUGCAGCGAAGUACUCAAUUAAUUCUGCAUGGGAAUCAACGUGUUUUAUGUAGACCAAUGUUAUUACAGAGGUCUGAUUACUCCAAAUUCGUAGAUGGUGAUGAAGACAGAAAAUCCUCGAAAAAAUCUCGCAGCUUUGACGAUGAAGAAGAGGAAGACUAUGAUGACGAUAGUAAACUAGAUAGAAGGAAAGGCAAGAAAAAUCGAAAAGCACCUACAGGACCGAAAAUCGAAUUGCGUAUUAUUCCUGCGCUUUAUCCAAGACUGGGCUAUGAUGAGAAGAAUAUGAAACUGGGUCGACAGUUGUCACCCCAUCUGCGCAUCUAUAGGAAACAGUUGACUUCGGUGAUGUCAAUAUUUCUGCGAAUAAGUGGAUUCAUAUUAGCCUUAGGCAUUUGGAUAAUUGGUUUGUCGGGACUGUGUUGCAAUUUGAAAGUCGAUGCGUUAGUCGAAAAGAUUGAGAAGUGCGAAGUCAAGAGAGCAGUAUUUAAUGCUGUCAAAUUCUGCAUAGUACUUCCAUUUGCCUAUCAUAUGGUAGCUGGAACGCGACAUUUGAUCUGGUAUUUAAAUGUCUUUCUCAGCAAGCCGGCGAUUUAUGCCACCGGCUACGUGGCUAUUGCUCUAACCUUACUGCUUGCCGGCGGUUUGACAAUCGUAAAACCUGGUGAAAAAGAUGAUAAUUCCCCGAAGAAAGUUUAUUAUCAAGGUCAAGUUGAGAGACAAAUUAAAAAUCUAAUAAAUGACAAGGGCGAUCGAUAUGAAUACAUAGAUCUAUCUGAAGAAGAUGAAGAUGAACAAAAGAAUUCCACUGAGUCAUAGCUAUUUUGUCAAAGUGACGUUUAAAAUUCUAGUGUAGAAACGAAAUUUGCAAUUGAAUGGAAGUUGUGCUUACCGUUUUUCGAUUUUACUAUGUCACAAUAUAUGUUUGCUAUAAGCUGCAUUUCGAUGUUAUUAAAGAAACGUUAAAGUUUAAA